GGUAUUGCAUGCAACGAGCCGAGAACUAAACGAGCGUCUGCAGCAUAUCAAUACUCCGACCAGACAUCAACGUCAGAAUAAAUGGCUGUUGUGGCGUUAAGUUACAGGUCGUUCAACGUUACAGCCUUUUCGGCUAAGCGGAAUCUUAUUUGGUUCUUUUUCUUGAUAAGCGAAUGCUUGCUCAUACUUAUGCCACUGUACUUGCUGUUGUUAGCGAAAGGUGUGAGACAACUUAGUCGAAACAACAACAUGAUGUCCGAGACAAAGACAAUGCAAAAGUGGGGAUGAGAACCUCAACUGGGACAGGACACAGGCUGCAGCCAAUAAUUUGUCGACAGAUCACACACCAGUUAAACGCUAAGCCAAAAACAG